AUGCCUUCUCGGCCUCCGCGCAGGACGCGGCCCGCAAUGUAUAAUACGCCGCAGAUCCGCAACGGUGGGUUCGGAGCUCUACAGGUGGAGGCUGUAACAAAUCGGCCGUUGUCUAUCGCACGUCGGCAUCUAGCCGCCAGCCAGUUGCGCAUCCGUGACAUCGAACCAGACGAACUGACCUCUGGCGAAUGGGUGCGAUUUCUGGUUAUGCAAGAACACGAGCGAGAAAGAUGGAUGACCCAAUUCUGCCGACGGAGAAGGAACAGUGACGAAAGCACCUCUUCAGCAGAGAACGAUGGAGAGCUGGCGUACGAUAAGGCGGAGGAAGUAAGAUUGGAGGCCGUGCAAGCGGCGCGGGAAGAGCAACGAGCAGCAGCAGGUCAAAGCUCAUCGAGUUUUGUUGGUGGAGCGCCGAGUGGCGUGACACCGCCAGUGAGCAUUUGGGCAAGGCAUUUCGACAAUGCGGAGGAUCAGGAGCGGAGGCCGGCGAGUCCACCAUACCAAGGAAGGCAAAUUAUGCAUGUUCGACGAGGAGUCGGAGAGGUGUUGGUGGAGGCGCCGCCGACAUACGAGAAUGCUGUUAGAUCCGAAGCACCACCACCAGCAUAUGAAAGGCUGGAUAGUCGACCAGGUUCGCCAAUGUCUGGUUAG